CGGUUCACCCUUCUGAUUAAUCGUUUGACGCUGUUAUCUAAUGAAUUAUCGACUCGGAUUCCAUAGCAUUGUUGGAAUCAGCUAUACCAGUGGACUACGAUACCUUCCUACCUCUAAAACACACAAAAGUAGGGUUUGGUUUGCAAAGAAAAGUUUCAGAGCGAAAAUCGGGAUGGAGGAAGCUGAAAAAUCGAAGUUCUCAGAGGCAGUGGAGGUGGUUGAUGAUCCUCAGUCGCUUGAAAGUAAAAAGGCCGCAAUCCGUGAUGUUGGCCCAGGAAAACUGCAGGUAAUUGUGGAUUUUGAUGCCACACUAACGAAGUACUGGGUCAAUGGUCGCCGUGGCCAGAGCAGUCAUAAUCUAUUACAACAGAAAAAUCCUGAGUAUGAUUCCAAGAGGCAGCAGCUGUUUGAAUAUUAUCAUCCAUUAGAAUUUUCCCCUACAAUUCCCGUUGAAGAGAAGACAAAGCUUAUGGAAGAGUGGUGGGGAAAGUCCCAUGCUCUGCUUAUUGAAGGAGGCCUUACCUAUGAUGACAUAAAGAAGUCUGUAGCAACUGCGACACUUGAAUUUAGAGACGGUGUGGUUGAACUGUUUACCUACUUAGAGGAGAGAGGUGUGCCUGUCCUUAUAUUUUCCGCAGGCCUUGCAGACAUUAUAGAAGAGGUCUUAAGGCAGAAGCUUCAUAAAUCUUUUAAGAAUGUCAAGAUUGUGUCUAACCGGAUGAUAUUUGAUAAUGAUGGGAACCUUAUAUCUUUUAGAGGGAAAACUAUUCAUGUUUUGAAUAAAAAUGAGCAUGCUAUUGAUAUGGCCGCACCCCUUCAUGAUGAGUUGGGUGGUAUUGAUGGUCCUACUGUUGAUAAUGACUCAGUUAAGAAAAGGACCAAUGUGCUGCUUCUUGGUGAUCACCUUGGAGACUUGGGCAUGUCUGAUGGUUUGAACUAUGAGAACCGAAUCACUGUGGGAUUCCUGAAUAAUGACAUUGAGAACUCUCUGGAAAUCUACAAAAGAGCAUUUGAUGUUGUCUAUCUGAAUGAUGCACCAAUGUGGGGUGUAGUUAAGCUGGUUGCUGAAAUCUGUGCAACUGGAGGUCACUAAACUAUUUUGCUACUCACACCCUCUCUCACUUUCUUCAAAAGGUUCCUGUUCCUAUGAACAUUCAGUUUAUAUAUUUUUCCUACCCAGCUGCACCAUGCAGGGACUCUAUGGUGCUUGACUAGGACUGAACAUCAAAUCAUGUGAUUUGGUGUGCUUAUCAUGGUAUCAGUUAUAGAAGUCACGGAACCUCAAUUCAGUCCAAGGCUAUCUAUGAGAGGAAAAAAAAAAUGGUAUACUGGAACCGUGUAUUCCGUUUUCUUCACCCUCUUUCUACUGAUUCUUUUUUACAAGAGAGAGAGAGAGAGGGAGGGAGAGAGCUGUACUCAGAAUUUAUUAUCAUACUAAGUAAUGUCAUCUCCAUUGUGCAUGGAGUUUUGUGGGCAGGUUCUUUUGUUAACGACACAGGCUAUAAAGUU